CUCGAUCCGCCAAUGCCGCCACAUCUGCAAGAGAGCCUCGCCGCAGGUCGAGUGAUGGAUGAGUGAGAGGAAAGAUGGCGGAGAAGGUGCACAAGAGUGUGAAGAUUGCACCUGGAGCUGUUGUUUGUGUGGAGAGCGAAAUCAAAGGAGAUGUGACUAUUGGUCCUAGAACAGUGGUGCACCCCAAAGCCCGAAUCAUUGCAGAAGCUGGACCAAUUGUGAUUGGGGAAGGUAAUCUCAUAGAAGAACAGGCAAUUAUAAUUAAUGGCUAUCCUGAAAACAUAAUUCCUAAUACAGAGGAAGUAGGAACCAAAUCGAUGGUCAUAGGCACUAAUAAUGUGUUUGAAGUUGGCUGUUAUUCUCAAGCAAUGAAAAUAGGAGAUAACAAUGUAAUUGAGUCAAAGGCGUUCGUUGGUAGAAAUGUGAUCCUGACAAGUGGCUGCAUUAUCGGUGCCUGCUGCAACGUCAACACAUAUGAAGUCAUCCCUGAGAACACUGUCAUCUACGGAGCAGAUUGUCUUCGUCGGGUGCAAACCGAGAGGCCACAGCCACAAACAUUACAGCUGGACUUUCUCAUGAAAAUCCUCCCAAACUAUCAUCAUCUCAAAAAGAUGAUGAAAGCAACAUCAACUCCUGUGAAGAACUGAAAGCCUUCCUGAAUCAUGGUCAAAAUUAUAUCGGGCAUGUGCUACUUGCUUUCUGGACUUUGUGUUUGCAGAACUAACUUUUUUUUUUUUUGGUCUGGAAAUUUGCUCAUGCAAUUAUGCAGCUUAAUUUUAUUUAUUAAAAUAUAAAAAAUAAAAUGCGCCAUUGUCACAUUCCCCUUGAUAGUUUAUAUUCUUAGUGGACUUCAUUAUCUCUAUUGCCUCUUGUUUUUUCUUUGUUAAUGAAGUCAGGGAACUGUCAAACUCGUCUUUCAUACUGAUGCCAUCUUGGAUGUCACCUCAUUUUCCCAGUAAACCUGGGAAUGGUCCAGUUCAUUUGGAAGGCAACAAACAGAGAACUGAACAAAAAGAAAAGAGUUUUUUU